AUGGCCAGACGCACCAUCCAUAAGUACAGUUACUGCAAAGGACAUCUGAGUCCCAUCUCCAGAAAGAAGUCAAGUUCCAGCACCAGUUUGAGCCAUAGAAACUAUUCACUCUACGUAAACAGGGUCCUUAAAGAAGUUGUUCCCCAGAGGGGCGUGUCAUCUCGCACCUUGGAUUUCAUGAACACUCUGAUCAAUGACAUCUUUGACCGCAUUGCUAAGGAAGCCCACCACCUGAUGCAUUUCAGAAAACGCUGUACCCUCACCCCUGAAGACAUUCAGAAGGCAGUGUACAUGCUGUUACCUGAGAAUCUAGCUAAGUACGCGGUGACUUUUGGAAGGGAAGCAGUGGACAGAUUUGUCCGCUCCUGA